AGACGGUUUCUCGGCUGAGCUCAACUUUCUGGGUCCGACUCAGCCUUUAAAACGCGCCACGGGUGUUGGUGAAGCGGAGCCGCAACCGCCUCCGGGAACCGGACAGCCGCUCCGUCACCGCCGCAGACGUCACUCUGAUUCCGGGCCUGGGUCUAAUAUUGUCGUGACGAUGGCGGACAGCUCGCACUGCUUCUACUGCCGGGAGGACCUCGGCGGGAAGCGGUUCGUCCGAAGCGAGGGGAAGCCGGUGUGCGUCCGCUGUCACACCAAGUUCUGCGCCAACUCGUGUGCCGAGUGCCACCGGCCCAUCUCUGUGGAGACAAAGGAGCUGAGCCACAAGGGGCGUCACUGGCACGAGGAAUGCUUCCGCUGCACCAAGUGUUACAAGCCUCUGGCCAAGGAGCCGUUCAACACCAAGGACGAGCGCAUCAUGUGUGUGAAGUGCUGCUCCAGAGACGCCGCUCCCCGCUGCCACAGCUGUUAUAAACCCAUCCUGGGAGGGAGUGAGAGCGUGGCGUACAAGGGGAACUCGUGGCACGACGAAUGUUUCAUCUGUUGCAGCUGCAAACGACCCAUAGCGUCGCAGAGUUUCCUUUCCAAAGGCGAGGAUGUUUACUGCAACCCCUGCUAUGACGAGAAGUUUGCCAAGAUCUGCUUCUGCUGCAAAAAACCAAUAACUUCCGGAGGAGUGAACUAUCAAGACCAGCCGUGGCACAGCCACUGCUUUGUGUGCAGCUCCUGCUCCAAGCCGCUGGCCGGGUCCAGUUUCACCACCCACCAGGACCAGGUCUUCUGUGUCGACUGCUACAAGAGCUCGGUGGCGAAGAAGUGCAGCGGCUGCCAGAACCCAAUCACAGGUUUCGGUAAAGGUGUGAACGUCGUGAACUACGAGGGCGGCUCCUGGCACGAAUACUGCUUCAACUGCAAGAGCUGCUCCCUCAGUCUGUCCAACAAACGUUUCGUGGCCAAAGGAAAAGACAUCCUCUGCACUGACUGUGGCAACAGGGAGUGAUGGACAGCUCUUCACCUUCUCUUUUCUGAUCUCUCAGCCCAUCUUUACACAGAGUCCACUUUUCAACUUUCUAUUAUCUAUUUCUCUGAUGUGCGCGGAUGCAAAGAUACGUUUUUGAUGCUUCAAAAUAAUACUUCUAACCAACAGUGUGCUGAGUGAUUUUUCUAUUUUUUUUUUUUUUUUUUACGCCGGUCUGUGUUUCAGUUAAAAAGACUUGAUGAGCUUCUAGUUUGAUGGAAAUUGUCUGUCAUUCAGCACACAGCCAGCAUAAAGUCACUUUCUAUCUAGAGUUUACGUUUUAGAGCCGGUUUUCUAUCCUGCAGGAAGCAUAGUUUAAACCGUAUUUCUUUUGUCCUUCAUUUUAUGAUAUAACGGAUCAUGUUAGUGCCUAUUACGUGUUUUUAUUUUAUUAAUAACAUCCCGCUGUUAAAUAAUCCCUGUCAGUGUCAACUUGUUUUGUAAUUUGCCAAAGAAAAAAGUGCUUUUUAAACUUUCCUAAAGAUUUUUCACUCCUUGUAUGAGGCGCAUUUAUCUGAAACUGAAAUAUGUUUUUUGCUGUGACGCUGAAGUGAAAUUUAAUAAACUUUCUACAUAAUUCA